GAGAAGGUGUCUGUAACUCCUCCUCCGCGCGGUGAAUGAGACUGUGGCGCGCGACCAAUAAUAACCAAGUGCGACACACUUACACACUCAUCAGGUGACGAACCUUCGCACAUUCGACACACACCCUGAGCUUUAAAAGGACUUAAGUCUACGCUGAAACAUACUUUUUUUAUUCUGCUCUGGAAAUUUUAAAGGCUCAUCAUCAUCAUGCAAGUUCGUAUCAACAGCGCUGAUGUGAAAUACACAGAGAAAUACAUCGAGUCUCGUUACUGUUAUCACACUGCGUGUGUGUGUCGAGAUGGAGACGCGCUCACUGUGACGCCGUCCAGCACCGAGUUCACGUUCCGCACGGAGAGGACGGUUCCCCGGCUGGGAGUGAUGCUGGUGGGCUGGGGUGGGAAUAACGGGACCACGGUCACUGCCGCCGUCCUGGCCAACAGACUGGGCCUGACCUGGAGCACCAAGACCGGCGUGAAGAAAGCGAAUUACUACGGCUCCCUGCUGGAAUCUUCCACGGUGUGUUUGGGAUCGGGACCCGACGGAGAGGUCUACGUCCCCUUCCGAGAUCUGCUGCCGAUGGUGCAUCCCAAUGACAUCGUGUUCGACGGCUGGGAUAUCUCGUCUCUGGAUCUGGGCGGGGCCAUGGAGCGCGCGCAGGUUCUGGAUUGGAGCCUGCAGGAGAAGCUCCGCCCACUCAUGAACCAGCUCAAGCCCAGACCCUCCAUAUACAUCCCAGAAUUCAUAGCUGCGAACCAGGAGCACAGGGCGGACCACCUCAUCAGAGGAACCAAAGCAGAACAGGUGGCUCAGAUCCGCAGAGACAUCUGUGACUUCCGGCAGAAGAGUGGCGUCGAGAAAGUCAUCGUUCUCUGGACCGCAAACACGGAGAGAUUCUGUGACGUCGUUCCUGGCGUCAACGACACCGCGGAGAAUCUGCUGAACACCAUCGAGACCGGGGGGGAAGUGUCUCCCUCCACCAUGUUUGCGGUGGCCAGUAUUCUGGAAGGUUGUGCGUAUAUUAACGGCUCGCCGCAGAACACGUUCGUCCCCGGAGCCGUGGAUCUGGCCGUGCAGCGAGGAGUCUUCAUCAGCGGAGACGACUUCAAAUCCGGCCAGACCAAACUCAAGUCGGUUCUGGUGGACUUCCUCGUCAGUGCUGGAAUCAAGCCAACUUGUAUAGUGAGUUAUAAUCACCUGGGGAACAACGACGGGCUGAACCUGUCGGCGCCGCAGCAGUUCCGCUCCAAGGAGAUCUCCAAGAGCAACGUGGUGGACGACAUCGUGCGGUCCAAUCCCAUCCUGUUCCGGCCCGGGGAGAAGCCCGACCACUGCGUGGUUAUUAAAUACGUCCCCUAUGUGGGCGACAGCAAGCGUGCGAUGGAUGAGUACACCUCCGAGAUCAUGAUGGGAGGAACCAACACCAUCGCCAUGCACAACACCUGCGAGGACUCUCUGCUGGCCAGUCCUAUUAUCCUGGAUCUGGUGAUCCUGACGGAGCUGUGCCAGAGGAUCACGUUCUGCACUCGAGAGGAUCCGGAGUUCCAGAGUUUCCACAGCGUCCUGUCGCUGCUCAGCUUCCUGUGUAAAGCCCCGCUCGUGCCACAGGGGGCGCCGGUGGUCAACGCCUUCUUCCGUCAGCGCGCGUGCAUCGAGAACGUCAUGAGGGCUUGCCUCGGCCUCCCGCCUCAGAACCACAUGCAGCUGGAGCACAAGAUGGAGAAGAGCUUCAGGCGUUCUCUUGAACACCCCGUCCAGCGACCCGUCCUCGUCAACGGCAAGAUCGACCACAGCAGCGCGUACCAGUCCGCCAAAUACAUCGAGACCAAACGCCACGAGAAGAUGCAGCACUCCGUCUCGUAGAAACACACACCAGACGCUAGCGUUCAGCACUCCUUUAACUUGUGCAUUACAGUCCUUUACGAAUGCGCAUCCCUAACUGAUUUAUGGAUAUGCAUUUGACUAUGAAAAUAUGAAUGGCUUCUGUUUGUUUAGUGUGAUCUGUACUUCUGAAUCCAUGCUUUCUCACCCGUGGAGUGUUUUCCAGGUUUUGUACAUUAAUGCACUGAGGAAAAACCACUAGUUUCUGUUGGUUAAACUAAAUGAAGACAAAACAUCAUUCCUGAACGUGAAUCGAAGUAGAAAAUGAUGAUGAAAGUCAUUCGCUUUUAUACAAAUAUAAAAAUAUAGCACAAAACUGGGAGUGAUAUUAUUCUAAUGAAUAAAAUCACUGACUAAAAAUUAUUUUCCCAAAAAAGUUAUUUAUGUAAUCAAAUGGAUUUAUGUAAAAAAAAAGAAGUGCUUUAAAGAAAAAUAGUUAUUCAUUUAUUAAAUAGAUUCAAAUAAAUACAAUUACACAAAUUUGAUUAAAUACAUAAAAAAAUUAACAGUAUAUUAGGCUACUGUCUAAAAAUAGAAAUAAGUUUAGAUUCAUAAUAGUUUUUCAGAAAUCGGGUGUUUGUAAAAGAUGCCUUUUAAAUUGUAGAACGGUGACCGAUUGGCUACUAAUAUUCUGAUUUGAUAGAUUUAACAACUAUUUUUGUUUAACGGUGACUAUUUUAUGUCUUCGUCUUACUAACAUUUAGAUAUUUAAACGAAUAAAGCGGUAAAAACAAAAAUACCUAGCUAUGUUUGUGUAAAACACUAGUGUAAGCGAUGAGACCUAAAUUCUUCUUGGUCCAUAAAUGACUAAAUCAAAAGACAUAUUCUCAUCGCUUGUGUUGUGCCAUUCUGUGUGAAAGUGUUUUCACCGUGUGUUUGUUCUGCUGUAUACGUGAAAUUAGUCUGUUUUCAGCCAUGAAAAAAAAAAAAAUAGUUUUGCAAAAUGUUCUAUUGCAUACUGUGUAACACUGUAAACAAUAAACACUGGUGUAUAGAAU